AUGAAAUCACAAAUCACUCUCCUUCUCAUCUUCUCAUCUCUCCUCCUCGUCUCCGCCGCACCGCCACCACCACAAACUAUCCGAUCACCACCACCGCCACCACCACGACCUCUCCAAUCACCACCGCCGCCACCACGACGUCGUCUCCGAUCACCGCCACCUCCAUUACCACCAGCACGUCCACCGCCUCCUCCACCAGCUCUCGGAUGCACCACGCAAGUCCUCGCUUUCUCCGUUUGCCUCCCGUACAUCUCUGAUCCACCUAACAACCUCACUACCUCGCCUUCGCCUCUCUGCUGCAACGCCUACGACUCCGCGUUUCGUGCUGGUGAAGCUAAUUGCCUCUGUUACCUGGCGCGUACUGCUAUGAUGUUUGGAUUUCCGGUUAAUACUAUAAAGAUGUACUCGCUGUCGUCGUUUUGUCCGUUGAGUGAUAGUGGAUCGGAAGGACUCGGAACUCUUCAGUCUAUUUGCUCAGUGUCAGCUGCACUUCCUCCUCUCAGCAGCACACCAGGGUCAGGGUUUUCCACACCUCACAAUUUUGAUAUUGGGAAUUCUCUGCCUCCCAUUACCUCGUCACUGCCAAAACCUGAUGGUGGUCUAUCCCCACCAGAACCUGCUGACCAAGGACCCUCCGAAACUACCACACCAGUGAUUUCUUACAAUGUGUCAUCUGCAUCAGAACAGCUUUCUAAGACCCUCAUUUGCAUAAUAUCACAUACUCUAAUCCUUGCUGUGUCCAUGUUAUACCGCCUUUACCACUGCACCUUCAGUUCUUAGUGCCUCUUUGGGUUGGUAAACACAAUCUGCAAUGGCAGCAGGGUGAUGAAAUUUGUUUUGAAGUCAUUUGAGAAACCACAUGUGGUGCAAACAAGAGUACUGUGAAUGUAAUUGACGACCACAUUGAUAAAUGUUCAGUGUUGCAGUUAUAUGUGUAUAUAUGGUUUACUUCACCCAUUAUUUUUUAUUAAAAUUACUUGUGUCUUGUUACUCUUCUCUAUUUUCUCUCUGCAAGUAUGCAAACUUCUGGA